AUGAUCAUUGCCCCACGAGCUGCAAGCACCGGAAUACGUGUGCAUCUGAAGCGUCGCUUGUCAUCUAGAGCUUCCGGUAUCCUCUCUGCUUUGAACAUCCCCUUGAACAAGGAACUCAGUGGGGUAUAUGAUGGUCAAUGGAAGGGUUCGGGUGAAGUCAUCGAAUCAGUAUGCCCUACAACUGGGGAAGUUCUUGCUCGUAUCAGAACCGCUUCGCCUGCAGACGUAUCGGAAACCUUGACGAAGACUCGCGAGGCCUACCUUCAGUUUCGUGAUGUUCCAGCGCCACGUAGAGGCGAAAUUUUGAGGCAGAUCAGGGAAAGACUUGCCAACAAGCGAGAGGAGUUGGGUGCUCUUGUCACUCUGGAGAUGGGCAAAAUCAGGUCUGAGGGUGUGGGGGAGGUUCAGGAAUUCAUUGACAUAUGUGAUUAUGCUGUAGGAUUGUCCAGGAUGAUGAAUGGAAGGAUUGUCGCGUCAGAACGUCCUGGGCAUUCUAUUCUCGAGGUGCCCAAUCCCCUAGGGGUGGUCGCCGUCUUGUCCGCGUUCAAUUUCCCUGUGGCUGUGUAUGGAUGGAAUCUAGCCUUGUCUUUGGCAGCGGGGAAUGCAACGAUCUGGAAACCCUCGCCAACCACCCCAUUAACGUCAAUUGCGGUGACAUCCAUUAUCGCUGAGGUGCUGUCGAAGAACAACCUCCCGGGUGCACUGGCUGGACUAGUCACUGGCGGGCAGCCUGUCGGUGAGGUGCUUGUGGGCAGUAAGGAGGUGGAACUAGUAUCAUUCACGGGCAGCGAGCGUGUGGGCCGUAUCGUGGGGCAGGCUGUCGUGUCCCGGUUUGGCAAGUCAAUCCUUGAACUGGGCGGAAACAAUGCUUCAAUUGUAAUGCCAGACGCGGACCUCUCUUUAGCGGUACCCGGAGUAUUCUUCGGCGCUGUUGGUACAGCUGGCCAGCGAUGCACAUCUACCCGACGUCUUUUCUUGCACCGCGACAUUGCUCCAGAGUUUCUCCAGCGACUUCAGAAGCUAUAUGCUUCCCUUAAACCUGGUGAUCCUUUGGACGAUAAUACUCUUUUGGGCCCAUUGCAUACCCCUGCUGCGGUUAAUCUCUAUGAGAGUACCGUUGAAUAUUUACGUUCCAUCGACGCUGACAUCUUGUUCGGAGGAAAAGGAUAUGAGAUGACACCAUAUGACGGUGGAAAUUUCGUACAACCCACUAUCGCGGUCCCUAAGUCUGUCGAGAUGUCAGACCGCAUAUGGAGCACCGAAACGUUCGCACCAAUCCUAAAUGUCGCUAUUUUCGACGAACUGGAAGAGGCUAUCCGAUGGAAUAAUGCAGUACCACAGGGUCUUUCCAGCAGCCUCUGGACUCGUGAUUUACGAAACGUUGGGAAAUGGACGGGUCCUAGUGGAUCUGACGCUGGGAUCGUCAAUGUCAAUGCAGGGACAUCAGGUGCUGAGAUUGGAGCUAGCUUCGGCGGUAAUAAGAGUACAGGAUGGGGUCGAGAAUCUGGUGGCGAUGCUUGGAAACAGUAUGUUCGCUGGAGCGCCUGCACAAUCAAUUUUUCGAACGAGGCUCCCCUUGCGCAAGGAGUCAAUUUCAACAUUGAAUGA